AUGGCUAUGAAGAUUCCAAAGUCCGGUUACAACCGGUUCAUGAAGGAAGGAGCUCAACACUUCAAGGGAACCGACGAGGCCGUUCAAAGAAAUAUUGAGGCGUGCACAGAGCUUGCUUCUCAGAUUCGCUCGGCUUACGGACCAAACGGAAUGAACAAAAUGGUGAUUAACCAUAUUGAGAAGCUUUUCGUCACCAACGACGCUGCCACCAUUCUCAAGGAGCUUGAGAUUCAGCAUCCAGCCGCCAAAAUCAUCAUUAUGGCUACUGAAAUGCAGGAGAAGCAAAUUGGAGACAAUACGAAUACUGUUGUGAUAUUGGCUGCCGCUCUCUUGGAACAUGCUUCCAAUCUUAUCAACAUGGGAAUGACACCACAAGAAGUUGCCGCUGGUUACGAGCAAGCUGCCGAGAAAGCCCUUGAGAUUCUUCCAUCUCUCGUUGUCAAAGAAGCCUCUGACAUGAAGAAUAUCGAAGAAGUCCGUCAAUACCUCCGCUCUGCCAUCACCUCCAAGCAAUACGAUAACGAAGAUGUUAUUGCUGACCUCGUCGCCAAGGCUUGUGUCACCACUUGCCCUGCCAACAGCUACAACUUCAACGUCGACAACAUCCGUAUCUGCAAAAUCAUCGGAUCUGGAGUUCACACCUCGAAAGUGAUGAAUGGAAUGGUCUUUAAGAGAGGAGCCGAAGGAGAGAUUCGUUCUGCUCAAGACGCCAGAAUCGCUGUGUACACUUGCCCAUUCGACUUGACACAGACUGAGACUAAGGGAACUGUUCUUAUUGAGAACGCCGAUGAGCUGGUUAACUUCUCGAAGGGAGAAGAGUCUGAGGUUGAGGAGCAAGUCAAGGCUAUCGCUGAUAACGGAGUGAAGGUUGUUGUUGCUGCUGGAAAGUUCGGAGAUCUCUACCUCCAUUUCCUCAACAAAUACAAGAUUAUGGCAGUUCGCUUGACUUCAAAGUUCGAUCUUCGUCGCUUGUGCAGAACUGUUGGCGCUCAACCACAGGCUAGAAUCUGUGCUCCAGCUGUUAACCUCCUUGGACAUUGCGAUUCAGUGUCUGUUACAGAGAUUGGAGACGAAAAUGUUGUUGUGUUCGAUAAAAACUCGGAGACCGGAAAGGUUGCCACUAUCAUUAUCCGUGGAUCCUCUCAAUCUAGAAUUGAUGAUGUUGAGAGAGCUGUCGACGAUGCAGUGAACACCUACAAGGCACUUACCAAGGACGGAAAGCUUCUUGCUGGAGCUGGAGCCGUUGAAAUCGAAUUGGCAAAGGAAAUUGAGUCAUAUGGAGCCAAGGCACCAGGACUUGAGCAAUAUGCCAUCAAGAAAUUCGCUCAUGCUUUGGAGACUCUUCCAAAGGCUAUCGCUGAGAACGCCGGUAUGCCAACAACGGAAACUUUGACCAAGCUGUAUGCCGAGCAUGUUAAUGGAAAGAAAAAUGCUGGAAUUGAUGUUUGGAAGAGAGAAGUCAUGGACGCCGUCGCACACAACAUCUUCGAUCUUUACGCUGGAAAACGACUAGCCAUCAAGCUGGCCACCGACGCCGCCGCCACAAUUCUCAAGGUUGAUCAAAUUAUUAUGGCUAAGCAAGCGACAGGAGGACCAAAGCCAAGAGGACCCAAGCAACAAGAUGAGGAUGACGAUGGAAUGGCCUAA